AUGGCGCCCCCUGCUCCCGCAUCUAAGAAGACUGAGUCCAAAUCAUCCGCGCAGCCAACCUCUAAAAAGACUAAAGCGUUGGACUCUAUCAACAGUCGAUUGGCUCUGGUUUUCAAAAGUGGGAAGGCUGCCAUUGGGUAUCGUCACACACUUCGUACUCUCCGUCGCGGAGGUGCGAAGCUUAUAAUUAUUGCGAGCAAUACCCCUCCACUGAGAAAGGCAGAGAUAGAAUAUUAUGCUAUGCUGUCAAAGACUGGCGUACAUCACUACAAUGGCACAAAUCAUGAUCUGGGCACCGCUUGUGGUAAAUACUUCCGCGUAAGUACUCUGGCCAUCGAAGAUCCUGGUGACUCGGAUAUCAUUCGCUCUAUGCCUAAUGAGUCCUAG